UUUUUUUUUUUUUUUUUUUGCUUCGAAGAAUGAUUGCUUUUACCUUCUCAAUUCUCAAUCAUUUUCCAGCCCAUUGUGAUUUAGGACAUUGAUACAGAAGGGCUGGGCUCCCAGCUAAAUUCCACCCUUAAACCUGGAACUGCAGCCCUAAGUGAAAACAGCUGACCCCAUUUUUCCCCACCCAAAUGUUGCCUCUUUGGCCUGCCAUGCCCCUAUCCUGUGCCCAUAAAAAUAUUUCAGCUGGGCUGGGCACAGUGGCUCACUCCUAUAAUCCCAGCACUUUGGGAGACUGAGGCAGGUGGAUCAGCUGAGGUCAGGAGUUGAAGACCAGCCUGGCCAACAUGGCAAAACCCUAUCUCUACUAAAAAUACAAAAAUUAGUUGGGCGUGGUGCUGGGCACCAUAAUCCCAGCUACUUGGGAGGAUGAGGCAGGAGAAUUGCUUGAACCCAGGCAGCGGAGCUUAUAGUGAGCCACAGAUUGUGCCAGUGCACUCCAGCCUGGGCAACAGAGCGAGACUCUGUCUCAAAAAAAAAAAAAAAAAAAAGAUUUCAGCAGCUGGCAGAAUAAUACAAGCAGCUGACGUCAGGGAUAUAAAUGGCUGAGUGUUGGAAAUACAAGCGACUGAUUGUCAGAAAUACAAGCAACUGAGCGUUGGUGAUAUAAGUGGCUGAGCAGUGAGCAGAAAAGCAGCUGAGCGUUGGAGACUAUGGAUGGAUGUGGCUAACUUCAGGUGGUGCAGCUUUGGAGAAUAGGCCCAGCCAGAGAUGGCCUGGCUUCAGGAAAGAUCACCUUCUUCCCAUACCAUCCCCUUUUCAACUCUCUAUCCUACUGAGAACCACUUCCAUCGCGCAGUAAAAUCUUCUGCAUACACUACCCUUCGAUCUGUUCGUGUGACCUGAUUAUUCCUGGACACUGGAAGAGAACCUGGGUGCCAAGAGGAGAGAGCAGGGGCUGCCACCCUGACCCUCCACUGAGCUGGCUGGCCCUUGGCCAUCCCUGAAUGGCAGAGUUGAAGGAGCAUUGAUUGUAACACACUUGGAUGCUGCUGCGGGCCUGCACAGAGCCUGCUCCUGCCAGAGAGGAGCAACCGACUGGUUCCUGCAUUCGUUUGCUCUGGUUCCCACACUCACUCGCUCGCUUGCACACUUCCUCUUGCAAGGGGUUUGAGUGUGUGGUGGCCGAGUAAACGAGCCACGCUCUGAGCCAUGAGGGGAUCAAGGGAGUUAUCCCGUCUCAUCUCAACCCGACUUUCCUCUUCACUGUUUUACUUUUGUAAAACCCUUGAUGAACUUCCCAUUGCCAGUUCAGGGUCUUUUUAGCUCUCAUCCUGCCAUACUGUUGAUGACACCUCUUUGAUUUGUGCUCCACUUUUAGCUUCUGUGUUAUAUUGAUUCCUGAGUUUUCUUCCCUCUCCUCUAUUCUCUUAAUCUCAUUUUCUGGUUUUCUCCCAUCACCUGCUGGUUAAGCUUAGGGGUUAUUUACACUUCUCUCCUUGGUCAUCUUUUUACUGUAUUUUUCCCUCCACAGCUAUUUCAUCCAUUUCUGAGGCCUGAGAUUUCAUCCAUUUCUGAGGCUAUAGAGACCAUUGACUUCCUCUGACCCUUCUGAGCUUGAAAGUCCUAUUGAAUGACAAUAGAGAACGGCAGGAGCACAACGACAGGCGGAGCCUUGGCCACCCUGAGCCAUUAUCUAAUGGACGACCCCAGGGUAACUCUCGGCAGGUGGUGGAGCAAGAUGAAGAAGAAGAUGAGGAGCUGACAUUGAAAUAUGGCGCCAAACAUGUGAUCAUGCUCUUUGUCCCCGUGACUCUCUGCAUGGUGGUGGUGGUGGCUACCAUCAAGUCAGUCAGCUUUUAUACCCGGAAGGAUGGGCAGCUAAUCUAUACCCCAUUCACAGAAGAUACCGAGACUGUGGGCCAGAGAGCCCUGCACUCAAUUCUGAAUGCGGCCAUCAUGAUCAGUGUCAUUGUUGUCAUGACUAUCCUCCUGGUGGUUCUGUAUAAAUACAGGUGCUAUAAGGUCAUCCAUGCCUGGCUUAUUAUAUCAUCUCUAUUGUUGCUGUUCUUUUUUUCAUUCAUUUACUUGGGGGAAGUGUUUAAAACCUAUAACGUUGCUGUGGACUACAUUACUGUUGCACUCCUGAUCUGGAAUUUUGGUGUGGUGGGAAUGAUUUCCAUUCACUGGAAAGGUCCACUUCGACUCCAGCAGGCAUAUCUCAUUAUGAUUAGUGCCCUCAUGGCCCUGGUGUUUAUCAAGUACCUGCCUGAAUGGACUGCGUGGCUCAUCUUGGCUGUGAUUUCAGUAUAUGAUUUAGUGGCUGUUUUGUGUCCGAAAGGUCCACUUCGUAUGCUGGUUGAGACAGCUCAGGAGAGAAAUGAAACACUUUUUCCAGCUCUCAUUUACUCCUCAACAAUGGUGUGGUUGGUGAAUAUGGCAGAAGGAGACCCGGAAGCUCAAAGGAGAGUAUCCAAAAAUUCCAAGUAUAAUGCAGAAAGCACAGAAAGGGAGUCACAAGACACGGUUGCAGAGAAUGAUGAUGGCGGCUUCAGUGAGGAAUGGGAAGCCCAGAGGGACAGUCAUCUAGGGCCUCAUCGCUCUACACCUGAGUCACGAGCUGCUGUCCAGGAACUUUCCAGCAGCAUCCUUGCUGGUGAAGAUCCAGAAGAAAGGGGAGUAAAACUUGGAUUGGGAGAUUUCAUUUUCUACAGUGUUCUGGUUGGUAAAGCCUCAGCAACAGCCAGUGGAGACUGGAACACAACCAUAGCCUGUUUUGUAGCCAUAUUAAUUGGUUUGUGCCUUACAUUAUUACUCCUCGCCAUUUUCAAGAAAGCAUUGCCAGCUCUUCCAAUCUCCAUCACCUUUGGGCUUGUUUUCUACUUUGCCACAGAUUAUCUUGUACAGCCUUUUAUGGACCAAUUAGCAUUCCAUCAAUUUUAUAUCUAGCAUAUUUGCGGUUAGAAUCCCAUGGAUGUUUCUCCUUUGACUAUAACAAAAUCUGGGGAGGACAAAGGUGAUUUUCCUGUGUCCACAUCUAACAAAGUCAAGAUUCCUGGCUGGACUUCCACAGCUUCCUUCCAAGUCUUCCUGACCACCUGCACUAUUGGACUUUGGAAGGAGGUGCCUAUAGAAAAUGAUUUUGAACAUACUUCAUCGCAGUGGACUAUGUCCCUCGGUGCAGAAACUACCAGAUUUGAGGGACGAGGUCAAGGAGACAUGAUGGGCCCGGAAGUUGCUGUGCCCCGUCAGCAGCUUGAUGCUUGGUCACAGGAUGAUUUCGCCGACACUGCGGACUCUCAGGACUACCGUUACCAAGAGGUUAGAUGAAGUGGUUUAAACCAAACGGAACUCUUCAUCUUAAACUACACGUUGAAAAUCAUCCCAAUAAUUCUGUAUUAACUGAAUUCUGAACUUUUCAGGAGGUACUGUGAGGAAGAGCAGGCACCAGCAGCAGAAUGGAGAGGUGGGCAGGGGCUCCAGCUUCCCUUUGAUUUUUUGCUGCAGACUCAUCCUUUUUAAAUGAGACUUGUUUUCCCCCGUCUUUGAGUCAGGUCAAAUGUGUAGAUUGACUUUGGCAAUUCUUCUCAAGCACUGACACUCAUUACCAUCUGUGAUUGUCAUUUCUUCCCAAGGCCAGUCUGAACCUGAGGUUGCUUUAUCCUAAAACUUUUAACCUCAGGUUCCAAAUUCAGUAAAUUUUGGAAAUAAUACAACUAUUUCUCUCAGUUCUCUAUCAUCUUGAAGUCAAAUUUGGAUUUUCCACCAAAUUCUGAAUUUGUAGACAUACUUGUAGGCUCACUUGCCCCAGAUGCCUCCUCUGUCCUCAUUCUUCUCUCACCCCCACACAAGCCGUCCUUUUCUACAGUCAGUAAGGCAGCUCUGUCGUGGUAGCAGAUGGUCCCAUUAUUCUAGGGUUUUACUCUUUGUAUGAUGAAAAGAAUGUGUUAUGAAUUGGUGCUGUCAGCCCUGCUGUCAGACCUUCUUCCACAGCAAAUGAGAUGUAUGCCCAAAGACAGUAGAAUUAAAGAAGAGUAAAAUGGCUGUUGAAGCACUUUCUGUCCUGGUUUUUUGUUUUUGUUUUUGCUACACAGUAGGUCAGAAUUCGAACUAAUAGCCAAAAGCUGGUGGUUGAUGAAUUAUGAACUAGUUGUAUCAACAGAAAGCAAGAGUUUGGGGAAAGCCAUAUUUAAUUUGGUGAACUGUGGGAGAACCUGGUGGCAGAAGGAGAACCAACUGCUGAGGGGAAAGAGAAGGGGCCUCCAGCAGCGAAGGGGAUACAGUGAGCUAAUGAUGUCAAGGGGGAGUGUCAGGUUAUUCUCAUCAGCUCCACAAUGGGUGCUUUGUGGUCUCUGCCCGUGUUACCUUUCCUCUCAAUGUACCUUUGUGUGAACUGGGCAGUGGAGGUGCCUGCUGCACUUACCAUGGAGUUCAGGCUCUGGGCAGCUCAGUCAGGCAAAACACACAAACAGCCAUCAGCCUGUGGGCCCAGGGCACCUCUGGACCAAGCUUUGUGGGGCAAAACCUUCUUCACCACAGAGAGCCCGUAGCCAUGCUGAUCAGACCAUAAGCGUUUAUGAGAAACUUAGUUUCCUCCUGUGGCUGAGGAGGGGCCAGCUUUUUCCUCUUUUGCCUGCUGUUCUCCCUUCCAACCUAUGAUAUGAUGUGACCUGGUUUGGGGUUCUCUUUGGCGUUUAGAAUAUUUGUUUUCUGUCCCAGGAUAUUUCUUAUAAGAACCUAACUUCAAGAGUAGUGUGCGAGUACUGAUCUGAGUUUAAAUUAAAAUUGGCUUAUAUUAGGCAGUCAAAGACAGGAAAAAUAAGAGCUAUGCAAAGAAAAGGGGAUUUAAAGUAGUAGAUUCUGUCAUCUCAAUUCAUUUUUUUCCAUGAAACCCCCUUCUUCCAAGAUUCAUUCCUUCUCUCAGACAUGUGCCAGCAUGGGUAUUAUCGUUGAGAAAGCACAGCUACAGCAAAGCCACCCGAAUAGCAAUUUGUGAUUGGAAGCAUUCUUGAGGGAUCCCUCAUCUAGAGUAGUUUACUUGUGUAAGGAUCCCAAAUGUGUUGCACCUUUCAUGAUAAGUUUCGUCUCUGAAGAGGGUACGUGGGGUGUGUGUAUUUAAAUCCAUCGUGUGUAUUACUGAUUGUCUUUGUAGAAAGAUGGCAGUUAUUCUGUCUCUUUCUCCAAGUUUGAGCCACUUCUCAGCCACAUGAUAAGCCAGUGUACAGAGAACCUAUCUUUCCUUUUUUUUUGUUUUUUAAGGACAGGAUUUUGCUGUGUUGCCCAGGCUAGACUUGAACUCCUGGGCUCAAGUAAUCUACCUCAGCCUUCUGAGUAGCUGAGACUACAGCCCAUCUUAUUUCUUUAAAUCAUUCAUCUUAGGCAGAGAACUUUUCCGUCAAACAUUCUUUUUAGAAUUAGUUCAUUCGUUCCUAAAACAUCCAAAUGCUAGUCUUCCACCAUGAAAAAUAGAUUGUCACUGGAAAGAACAGUAGCAAUUUCCAUAAGGAUGUGCCUUCACUCACAUGGGACAGGUGGUGGUUAUGGAGUCGGGCAAAACCAGCAAUAGAGUAUGACCAGCCAAGCCAAUCUGCCUAAUAAAAAGAAGGAAGACAGUAAGGAAGGAAGGUAGCCACUAAGAGUCUGAGUCUGACUGGGCUACCGAAUAAAGGGUAUUUAUGUACCGAAUGUCAUUACAUGCCUAUGGGAAUACCAGUCAUAUUUGGAAGAUUUGCAGAUUUUUCUUCAGAGAGGAAAGGCUCACUUUCCUGUUUUUGAUUCUCACUAGGUUAGUGUGUGUUCCUAGAAUCACAGCUCUGACUCCAAAUGACUAAAUUUCUCAAUCAGAAAAAAUAGAAGCUUUCUAAGCAACUUGGAAGAAAACAGUCAUAAGUAAGCAAUUUGUUGAUUUUACUACAGAAGCAACAACUGAAGAGGCAAUGUUUCUACUUUUCGGCUCCAGGAUUCCCAUAUUGUAGUCUCUCUACUUUUAAAAACCCUCCUUUUGCAAUAGAUGCCCAACCAGAUGAUGUUUAUUACUUCUUCUUUGGCCUCAAACAGUGUAGGUAUUCUUGAUAUAAUUUGUAGAAUGAGAAAUGUAAGUUUAACUACCAAAUAAGGUCUCCCAGGGUUAGAGUACUGCAGGAAGCCUUUGAUCCCAACCCCCAAGGCUUUGUAUAUUUGAUCAUUUGUGAUCUAACCCUGGAAGAAAAAGAGCUCAGAAACCACUAUGAAAAGAUUUGUUCAGUGUUUUCUGUGAUCCUGCAGGUUCUGGAGUCUAAGAAUGUAAAGAUGAAUAAGAUAAAUUCUCAGAAUGUAGUUAAUAAUCUCUUGUUUUCUGGUAUAUGCCAUCUUUCUUUAACUUCUCUAAAAUAUUGGAUAUUUGUCAAUAACCACUUUUAACAGUUACCUUUACUGAGGGCUUAUACAUUGAUGUUAUGAAAGUGACUUGAUUCAGAAGCCAAUCCAUUCAGUAAAGUACUCAUUUUUCUCUAAAUUUGCUGUUAGACAUAAGGAACGGUUUGACCUGCCCUUCUCCUCACCUCCAAGGGUAUUCUGAACAUUGAAUUUGGAAAGAGACUUGCAAAUUGUACAUUUGGUUUUGCCCUUGGGAUGGAAACUAUCAUAUAAUCAUUAGUUUGAGCCUAGAAGUGAUCCUUGUGAUCCUCUCACCUCUUUAAAUUCCCACAACACAGGAGAUUAAAACCAGAGGUUUCAGCUCUUCAUAGUGCUUUGUGAAAUUGCUGGCCAGAGUGUACCAACAAGGCUGUCAUUGGGCUCAGAGCUCAGAGUCAUCUGCAUGUGAUCAUCUCCACAGUCCUCUCCUCUAACGGGAAACACCUCAGAUUUGCAUAUAAAAAAGCACCCUGGUGCUGAAAUGAACCCCUUUCUUGAACAUCAAAGCUGUCUCCCACAGCCUUGGGCAGCAGGGUGCCUCUUAGUGGAUGCUGGGUCCACCCUGGGCCCCGACAUGUGGUGGCAGCGUUUCCAGCUGGUCUGCGUAGCAGGGACGAUUUCCCAGAAAGCAGUUUUCCCUUUGAAAUACGUAAUUGUUGAAACGAGGCAGUUUCAAAAUCAACUGCAUAUAGUAGCACGUACAGGAUGGUCUUGUUCAUGGUGCCCUUGGAGGUGCUGGGAUGAGGGUUUCAGCGGGAUCAUUUGCUCUCACAUGUUGUCUGGCUUCUGCUUCUCUGGACACUGCUUUGCACUUAAUUCAGACAGACUGUGAAUACACCUUUUUUAUAAAUACCUUUCAAAUUCUUGGUAAGAUAUAAUUUUGAUAGCUGAUUGCAGAUUUUCUGUAUUUGUCAGAUUAAUAAAGACCGCAUGAAUCCA